UCGGGUGAUUCAGACUCGAACGCGAUAGGAUUGUGUACCGUCAAAGAAGAGUUUACAUCAUUUUUUUCUUCCACACCGUACCGUCACGCAAGAUCACAUUCACACCAGUGUGGAGUGCAGUGCAUUAUCAUGGAUUUUGUGCACAUGUAGUGCGUAGUGGAAUCAGAAAAAAACUAGUGCUUGAUCGUUGGCGAUCCAGAUUCGGGCGUUGUUAGGUUUUUGAUUCGCAGAACCGGCCUAAAUUUGCACAAAUUUCACUGGAAAUACCGUUUUUUCCUCGCUGUUGUGUGCUGCCCACUCUAGCGAACGAACGAGUGCAAGUAAAGCAAAGUGUGUUCGAUGGUGGUGUUGGUGGUGUCGGGCCGCCAGUGUAGAUACGUAGGCAGCAGACCGAGCAGGGAAUAAGAAUAGGCAUAAAAUAAAAGUUGUUUUCGAAAGCACUCUGGCUGGAUAGAAAGAAGCAACGAUCCGAUCGUGCACCGAAGGCAAAAAAUGGAUACCGUUUUGCGUUCCGUGAUGUAAACAACAAUACAAAGUUUCGUGUCGGGGAAAAACAUAAAACACGGAACGAAGUCCGUGGUAUGUGUCCUCUCGAUGGACAAUAGUGAGUAAUCGAAUGGCCCCGCCAUUCAACAAGCCCUACGUGUUCUAGUUUGUGAUUUUAGCGCACGGUGCUUAAAAAAUAUUGCGGUUAACCCAGCGGAAGGUAGGUGAAGAAUUGCCUCGCGGUAGAGAGGCUGCGUUUCUCCAGAAGAUCGAUUCUGCUGUGUUGUAUUCGAAACAGAAUCACCGAGCCGAGACCUGGUGUAAGAAAACCCAUACAGCCGUGGUUCGGGACCGGUUUCUUGGCGAUCGUAAAAAGCCCUGUGAUGUGAUACGUUUUAGCAGAACUCAUUCGGCGAAGAAACAGUAAACAGAAAAGGGAAACACGGGCAAAAAGUCGAUAGCCAUCAUCAUCAUCAUCGUCAUCCUCGUCGGUCCUCGUCGUCAGUGUUGUGUUUUAAAUUCAACAUGCAUACACUACAGCGCUGACCCGAAAGGCCAAUUCAGCCUACUGGCACUAGCCAGCCAAAGUUAGCUAGCAUCUACCUAUGCGCCAGUAAAAGCGCAUUACAUAAAAAAUUUACUCGGUUGACUUGCCCCUAUCGGCGGCGGUGGCGACGGCGGUCGCAUAGCAGUGCUGGUGUGCUGCGGGGGAAGAUUCGGGGCCAUUUUUUCCGUGCUGGGUGUUUCACGUCUCAGUUAGAAGGAUUCCCGUGCACAUCGGGGUAUGAAAUUACAUGGUCGUGAGUUGAUACGGUUAUUGCGGAACUGCAGCAGUGAAGAAGUGUAGUAAUAGCGGCACGCGCGAGCUUCGGCCAGUUAGUUGCAGUGUUUGUCGAUGUGUGUGUGUGUUUGUGUUUCUGGGUGGGUUUGCUCCAGUGGUCAGUGAAGCGUAAACAGGGCGAAUAGGCCAGCAGAAAAAUAAUCACCAAUCAAGUGGAAGAGAGAAGAAAGGAAAGUGUUUAUUGUGUGCUGCCUUGGUAUGAAAGAAAGAAAAAUAAUCGAAAAUAAGAGGGAAAUUCAAAUUGAUUUAAUCAAGAGUGCGCUCCCCAGUCAAGUGAAGAAGCUAGUAAUUUGAGAGAAGAGCAACAAAUUGUGAAGCAGUUAAUUAAAUGUGCGUGAAAGGCAAAUAAACAAGUCGGCGGGCGGCAUUCGGAAUAUACAUAAAUAAAACUGCACAGUAAACCAAUGAACAAGGAACGCUGCGUGGAGCAGUAAGCAAACACAAGCGCGCACUCCGGUUAGUAGACUGUCUUCUUGGUGCACGGAUCAGUAGAAGCUUGACACUGACUAGAUUCCGGCAGCGGUAGCGGCGGGAUCAACUGGCAGUUCAUUCAGAUUUUCCCAUCGUCGUCAUCGUUGCAAACACACAACCCGCGUAGAGGAGAAAAAACGACACGUACACACCGGGAGACUGAGUGAGUGGUAAACACAGUGAAGUGAAGUGUGUUCUGGUUGGAGAAUAUGUUUGGGAUAUGUGAUAAAACGGCUACGGAAUCGGAAUUUUAAUGAGGUGAGCUUCCCAAAUUGGUGCCAUAGGAAAAGGAUACUACGCUUAAGGACACAGUGAAACCGAUUACAGCAGCAUUUUCACAGCCAAUACACAGCAGCAAAACCGAUCCGAAACCAAUAGCCGCAACCGAUGACUGGCGCCGGAGCUGGUUUCGAUUAUUAAUGAUUAGAAAUCUCGUUCGGACGCCAACCAGCAAACAGCGCCCAAGCUGCAGCAGCAAUCUUGAAUGCACACCCAUUGCAGUAGCUAACGGCACCGGGACCAGAUUCAUAAUUUCCGCAAUACAUCACCAUCCUGGAGCGCUUCCGGAGCCACCAUCACCAACGCCGCCAACAGCAACGAUGGAUCCGCAGCGGCGCAGGAGAAAACGGCGAGCAGCGGUAGUGCUGCCGCAGUGGACGCUGCUACUACUGGGAGUGCUGCUAAUGACUGGAAUUGCCUGCGAAAAUACCAAGAAAGAUUUCACCCAACAGUGCAGCAAGUGCAAGUGCGGCUGGAAAAGCGGGAAACGGUAUGCCGACUGUAGCAAUCAGAGUCUGACCUUUAUACCGGACGACCUGAGCUCCGAGCUGCAGGUACUGGAUCUAUCAAACAGUCGCAUUGGCGAAAUCAGAGGCCACGAGCUGAUGCGAGCGCAUCAGCAGAAUCUGCACAAACUGUACAUCAAAAAUAGCACAAUCGAAAGUUUGCACCGGGAUGCGUUCCGUAAUUUAACCAUCCUAAUCGAACUGGAUCUAUCGACCAAUCAGUUGAAACGCCUGGAUCCGGGUUUGUUUGACGAUUUGAAAAAACUUCGUGUUAUCAUGCUGAACCACAAUCAAAUCGAACGAAUAGAGAACAAUCUGUUCCAGAACUUGAAAUUUUUAACCAAAAUCGAACUGCGCAAUAAUCUAAUCUACCGAAUAGCACAACAUAGUUUCAUCAACGUACCAGCAUUAUCCCAGAUCGAACUGGACUUCAACCGGCUGCAAAUGCUACGCAAAGAGACAUUCAUCAAUCUGGACAAACUGACCAGUCUGUCGCUGACGAACAAUCCGUGGAACUGUAGCUGUGCUCUACGCAAUUUCAGUGAGUUUGUUAUUACCCGCAGCCUGUAUCGAUCGCCGACAACCUGCGCGCAACCACCCUUCCUGGCCGGUAAGGAAUGGAACGACAUCCACCUGGACGAAUUUGCCUGUCGGCCGCAAAUCAUUGAAAAUCGCAUCGUUUAUCCGACGGAGGGAGAAAAUGCUACCUUCAUCUGUAAGGUCACCGGUCUCCCACUGCCAAAGGUAGACUGGCUGUUCCACAAGCGGCCUUUCCCGAAGAAUGACAAACGACUGAAUGUCGCCUACGCAGUGCGAACCAAUGGUAAGGAUACGAGCGAAAUCUUGGUGUCGGAGUUGACGAUCGUUGGUCUGAAACCGUCCGAUCGGGGUUCGUACGUGUGCAAAGCCACCAAUACCGGCGGUACGGACGAGAGUGAGCAGUUUUUCGACCUAAAAAAGGAACCGGCGAAACAAACGCCCAGCCGGACCAACGAUAUUCUGUGGAUUGUGCUGUUCGUGGUGCUCGCGAUCCUGGUCAUUCUGAUCCUCACGAUAGUGGUGCUGUGCUGCGUUUGCCGCAAAGCUCGCAAGUUCAAGAAAAACUCCUCGAUCAGCGAGAACGGACUGGUUAACUCCAAGCUGGACAAAUCGACGGACGGAUCGGUGCUGGACGGUGGUUCGGUCAUCAUGGAGAUGCAGAAGAGCCUACUGACGGAGGUCAACCCGGUGGAAAAGCCGCCGCGGAGGGCGGAUAUAGAGACCAACGAUAAGACGGACUACGACGAGGGGCACGAGGUGAAGAAGACGUUGCUGGAGGAGACGGGAUUCGCUGCUCAGGAUGAGGAAACGACAUCGGUGACCCUGUCGGAUACGACACCACGAUCACGCACCGCCUACGUUGAUGACGGUGGUUACGGUACCACCAAUCUGCCGCCGGAUCUGCUGGCCUUCCCGAGUACCCGCUUCCCCCAGUCACCGUCGAUUCAGAGCUCGAUGUCGAACAUUCACGACGGACGGAUAUACGGCAAAUCGCCGCUCGCCAGUCCGAUCUAUCAGCACAGUCCUGCAAUGAUGGGGGCAACCGCCAGCGGUCAGGUGCCGAUGGGAUUCCGGACACUGCAGCAUCCGAAGACGGGCCGAACGAUAGCGAUCGCUACGCAGCGAUCUAAUUCUCCCUUCACAGCGGCGCCCCUGAUCUAUCCCCAGGUGGUAAUGAAACAGGGCUACGUGACCAUUCCACGAAAACCUCGCACCCCAAGUUGGACACCGUCGAUCAAUUCAACGGCAACGACGGCGGAACUGCUCCCACCGACAAGUCCGACUUCCAUCGGGGAGCUGCCCGCUGCUACGGAACCGGUGUACGAUAAUCUCGGGCUCCGAACGACGGCGUGCGGCAAUUCGACGCUCAAAUUGAACAAAUCCCUGAGGUCUGCCGGGCAGCACGGCAGCGGUAGUAGUACGUACAGUAUGAAAAAUCGACCACUUCCAGCUACUCCCGGAGGACAAACGGCAUUGGUGGCUGCACCCUCAGUAAACUCCAGUAUGCACAACAGCUCUUCCGGCAGUAACUACGAAUCGAUCCCGGAGAUGGCAGGAGGACAAUCAGCAGCGAUAGGUGGAGGCCACGAAUCGAUCUACGGCAGAUCUGCGGGAGGUAUCAACAAUAACAACAUCAGCAGUAGCAGUAGUAGUAGAAGUAAGGUACCACCGCGUCCACCACCGAAGCCUAAAAAGAAACCUAGCAUAGUUGGAGUUAGUGGUGGGGGUGGCGGCGGCGGCGCAGUUGGGGUCAGUGCAGGUUCCAGCGGCAGUGGUGGGUUGGUGAGUACGAGUAGCACCAGUCCGUUGUUCGACGAUGAAGGUGAGGACGGAACUGAGGUUUAGGAACCGGUUUGGGAGGGCGAAAAAAGAAUGACGACGAAUAUACCGGACUAAUUCGAGAGAACCGGUAGUGUGAGUAGCUUUUAAAGAAAAUUUAUAUAUUAAUAUAUAUUCGACAUAGUAUAUUCGAAGAAAUAGGUAAUAGUUAUUUUUUCUACUCUAUUUGAACGUAAAUUGAGGUUGCAAGUGAGAAUAUGAGCGAGAGAGAUGGGAGUGAAAAAUAGCGGAGCUCAGUGUAUAUUAUUGAAGGCGAUAAGGAAUCUUUAUGAACUCGUGAAAUAGCACUAUUAUGAACUAUUAUGCUAGUUAUCAUGUUUUUAUAAGAAAAUGACAAAAAAACUGAAACACAAAAAAGUGGCAGGAAGGAAGGAGAAAGAUCAAAAGUUUGAGCUAGACUAAUGUUAGUUGCUGUAAGUUAGCUAAUAACAGGAACGAAAGUGUUGCCGUGAUCGAAAUAAUAGCUAUUUAUUUUUAAACGAAAGCGCAGAUGUGAGAUUGGUAAACUGAAGGAUAGCGAUUCCAUUUUACAGAUAUUUUCUACUGAAUUUAUAACACUGAAAUACAUCAUUUGCUGACAGGCAAUUUAAGUUCGGUUUGAUAAUCUGCUAAUUAUCUCUUUUCACCAAAACCGGCGCCAGUUAAAUUAUAUUGAGUUAUCACCUUGUUCCGUUGGCAGACCGGAAUCGCGUCGGGAUUACCCAGCGGCUACAAUUUUUCCCACAAUGAAGUUUAUAACAAAAACAAAACGAGAAAGGAAAGCCUAAAAUUAAUUAAGAAAAAAUUCACUUUGGAUCACCGAGGCGGGUGGUGUGUGGCGGCAGUACAUUACCAUGUUAGGUUACUGUAAAAGUACCCUGCUGGCGUGGGCUAAUUUUCUGGAAACUUUUCUUUUGUCUGCCCGGUAGGCGUGACGGCGUGAAAUCUUCAUCGCCUUUACAACUCAGCACCACCACGGGACCGAAACCUAGCGGAUGAAGAUCUCUGUCAACCACUUUCGGGCCAUAUUUAAGUGGUUCGCCUUUCCCCCCAAAAAAAAACCGACCAUCGGUGGUGGUACUAGUUUUCCAUUAGUAGCCUUCGUUGGGAUGACUGUUUUCUUUUGCUGCUGUCGUGUCGUGUCGGGUAGAACUUUGGCUAAUUAUAUCGUUUUUCUUUGCUGAUCAACAUUUUCCUUUGUGAUUAUUAUUAAUUUCUCAAUGUUGAUGCCGGGAGUUAGAAAGUAUAUGGCACCGGCCAAAGUUUGGGUUGGGUGGUGAGCCUAAUUCAAAACAUGUGAAAAUUGUUAUUGUGCUUGACUAGUUAAAUAAUUUUCAGAUAAAGGCAAUGCUUUUGAAAUGUUUAAGAAGCAGCAUUAAUGGAAUUCCUUGGUUAUUUGUGACAUAAUUUAUGACAUACCCAUGCAAAAGUAACGUCACCUAGAGAAUGAGAUUCGUGCGUGUAUCUGUUAGAGAGAAACUAAAGGUUCAUUAUCAGAUUGCAAAUCGCGUUCUGUUGGAUUCAUUCUCUUCCGUCAGUCACAUUGAUGAUCCCGGAGUGAUCCGAAAAUACUUUUGUAGCUCAAAACAGUAUGGUGAAACUAUUAACUCUGCUGCCCGAAUCUGGAACGUGACUUGCGGAUAAAUGUUUUAUUUUUCUGUUUAUUUUAUCUUUUGUCUCGCAUAGCCCUUCAGUUGCACCAAUUUUUUAACGUCCUGACAAUUCCACCUUCAGUAACCUUUCGGCAGUCGCGUUAGUGCACUGAGUGCGCGUCUUAGGACACCAGCGGCCGUUCGCUCAGUGUGCCAUAAACGCGACUUCCGGAGGGUUUACCAGACGUCCCGGAUUAGGUGGGACAGUCCCACAUUUCAGGUCUUUUCCCGCAUGGUAAAACGUCCAGGAAAGUGUCCAGUAUUUGACAAAAUGCUGAUUCUUAUUCUAAACUACCUAUAUUGUACCUAAUUUCAUAUUGUUCAAACCACGCAUACGAGUUUUGAGUCGUGUUGCCUAAUCUCCGAACUAUGUGGGAAAUGCGCAAAUUGAGCCAAUUUAUUCUGAUUGCCGCGGUGCCGUUUCUAUGAGGCAGCUCAUGAAUCCCAACGAUCAGUCUUACACAAAGUUGUGAGUUUGUUAACCAACCUAUCUCCCACUGGCCGGCGGCGAUUCACAGAAAAAAGUUAUUUCCAUGUACAUGGCUGCAAAUAACUUAGGUCCUGGAUUUAGGUAGGUGUUAGCUCAAUUAACUUUCCGAUUACUCAUUUCGUAUACAGGGCAAACCGUGUUCCGCGGUGAUCGUUCUAUCAACCACUCCCGCCUUAAUAUUAGAACUUAUAACUUAAUAUAAUGUUUAUGUCAAAUGGGUUUUAACAUGAAAAUGUUUAACCUUACUAAAAACAGUUCAGAGAACUUGUUUACAUGUAGAGUUGCCACCCCUCCGGAUUUGGCCGGUUUCCGGGAGCAAUCUCCAGGCUUCCGAGUUUUACAUCAACUUCUCCGGGUUUGGUGGGAAGAAGCAUAAUUUAAUUUUUUAGAAUUAACGGAUUCUUUACAAAAUAUUUAAAAAGGGGUGGGCGUAGCGUAGUUGGUAAAUUGAUUGCCUUGUACGCAGCGCACCUGAGUUCGAGUCGCGACCCCGCACAUAGGGUUAGAAAUUUUUCAUAAAAGAUUUUUCUAUCCCGAAGAGGCGAAUGACCUUAAGGUUAAUAUCUCUAUAAUCGAAAUAAAAAAAAAAUAUUUAAAAAGUCUAAGUUAACUAUUACUCUGGUUCAGAUGUAUUUUACCCGACUAACCCUUGGUUUCAAGGUGGCGAAGAUAAGUUCCCCAAAUAUUGCUGAUUUAUUUCACAAAGCAAUGAAAAUGAAAAACAAAUCAAAUUUACUAGAAAUUAAGGAAAGUUAUUUCGCUAUACAGUCGUGGUUCGUUAGUUGGGCCACAGCCUAUGUCCAACUAACGAAUUUAAUUCGCUAGUUGGACCGACAGACAAAUGUCAAAAACUCUCCAAAGAAAACAUUAGUAGUAACCAUGACGGAUACAGGUGUGCACAUUUUUUCUGUGUGUGAGUGCGGUUGUCAUUUUUAUUUGAUGAAGCCGAAAAAACAAGAGGAUAUGAAGAAGAAAAGCACAAACAGUUGACGUAGUGGGCCCUUCUGUUGCCAUAAGUUUUGUUUCGGUUCGGUCAUAGUUAAUUUACUCGGUUUUUUUUUCGAGGUAAAAAGUGCCCAUAAGUGUUCUCAUCGAUAGAUCCGAAGUGAAGCUCGGUCUUUUCUCACUUUUCAUCGUGCGCCAAAGAAUCAGGAUGCUCGUUCGGAUGUUGAUGUUUACUCCAAGGGCCCCGGCCGUCAUGCUUAAUUUUGCAAGUAUAAUACUAAUACACUCAAACGUGUUAAUGUUCCCACCUCUCUCUCCAUCUUGAGUAGCAACGACGCUGAAUUCCUCUGGAUAAAGACUUGACACGUCAAACGUUUGUUUAUCAUUUAUCUGUCAGUGUCAUACCAAUCGACCACGAGACCUGUCAAUGGCCCUCGUUCCAGAAGGAUUCGAAACGAUUUUCUUCGGAUUUAGUGUUCUUGACAAGUCUCGUGCUCGAUUGGAAUGACACUUACAGACAAAUAAGAAGAAUAAGAUAGAAAUGGCGAGUCUUUAUCCAGAAGGAUUCAGCGUCUUUAAUUAGUAGUAUAAAAGUUGGUUAGAUAGAUUCUAAUGUCGUUUUCGAUUGAGAACCUAGAAACUAACCCAGGUUAGUUGCUUCAAACGAACGUUUUUAAUGAAACUGAGUUGGGUUCUCGCCAAACAGCGGUGGUGUGAGCGAACCCGAAAUAUAUUUCAGGUUGCAACCCAACCCGGUUUUCAGUUCAGUGGCGCAUAACCUAGGUUGGAAACUGGCUUCAAACAAACGGUUUGACAGCAGUUAGGUCCGAAACUGAGUUAGUUUCUGCUUCAAGCGAAAACGACAUAAGGGAAGAGUAGACAAUCGCGUAGCUAGUUUUAUCCAGUCCUAAGCUCAAUAUUGAACCAGCUUCUGAUUGGUCAUUUUGCCAGUCAUGAGCGUUCAUUACAGUUACAAACGGGAUGGAAAACAGCGCUGCUGAAUCUAUUCUGGCUACUUUUCUCACACAUCAACAUUUCAUGCAAAUCGAAUAAAAGUCCUGAAUGACGAUAUAGCUACGUGUAUUAUUAAGAGAGACAUGAAUAAAAUUUUUAUUUAAUCUUUAGAAGCAGUUAGCAUUGUAAAUUCAUGCUUGAGGUUCGAUCUUUGAGGUACAAUUCUUUUCAGCAAUUGCGAAAAGCAUACGAAAGGAAUCUGGCAACGAUGAACGCUUGUUGUCUUAAGAUUUACGGCAGGGCCUUGUCGAGAAAAUUACGAAGAGCAAGAAGCCAGUUGUCGUCUCUUCUCUUAGAUUUUAAAUUUAAAUUUUAUUUUCACGUUUCCUGAGUUGGAAAAAAACAUUGUUUUAAUCACGAAAAUCAGCUUUAUCGAUGUAUGUAAUAAAAUUUUCUUCUCUCAUUCAAUGACCCAAUUUUAUCCAAAUUUGUUAUAUAUUUCUACAGUGAUCUGCCCCUAGAUUUAAACCCUUUUUGUAGGAUUUCUCUUCGUUUACACUUUUCAUAUAAUUUUUUUAAGAAUGCUCUAAUCAGUCUUAACGCUAACGGUUUUAAAUGCUCCUCGAAAGGAUAACUAUAACUUUCACAUAAUUAGAAUCAAACAUAUUGAUAAAUUGGGUCAUUAAAUGAAGGAAAAAAUGUAAACACGUCCUUAUUCGACAUUAUCGAUUUUCCUUGACAGUGAAUUUGGUCGCAUGGGUUAGCAUCUUUGAAAUUUCAAAUAACUGCAGUUAUCCCAGCAAAAAGAUAGGGAUCAAGGUAGUUCAAUGGAAGGUUUGAUCCUAAUAGAGUGAAGACCCAUUUUUAUCAGCCCCUUGGUGAAUUUUAAACUGAUAAAAAUACAAAAUCGGGACAUAUAUUUUUCUGUCUUUUUAAUAAACUGAAGCUCUUAAAAUAUUCUUUGCUCCUUAGAUAUAGCCUCGUAACCUUUUCUGAUUAUUUACUUCAAGUUCUCCUUUAGGGGGUCUGACAGCGCAAAAUUUAAAAAAAAUAAAAAUAUUUUUAUUUUUGCAUUUUUCGGAUCUCUAGGAUAAGAAAUAUAUGCCCAAGAGCUUGGGAGCUUGUGCGACCACCCCUGGGCUGCUACUCCGUUAUCGAUCUGGACUAGCUGAAGUUGCACAGAGAAUAAGUAGAUAAUUAUGCUUGGGAGUAGCGAAACAUCUUUCAAUGUGCAACUCUCCUGGUAAUCCUAAAGUAUUGAUCAAUACCGGCGACGGCCAGGCCCGAACGUAGAUCGCGGAAGGAAAGGGAAGGAAUGGUUAGUCCGAUAUUUACUUUUGCUAGAGGCCGUAUAUACUACUGCGCACUCCACAAGUAUCACAGGAGGAGGAUUAUUUUUGUUGGUAAGAGAAUAGAAGUUGAAUCACUUCUUCUUUACCGACGCCAGAGAGGUGACACUUCACUAUCUGGACUAGAUAUCGGAUCCACCAAACUCCAUGGACCGGGGACCAACGGCUUUACUUCAUUUCCGAAGGAAGACGUGACCACAGAUUUUUGCACCUCAGAAAAAUCUCAACGACCUCGGCUGGAAUUGAACCCAGGCAAAUUGGAAUGAGCGGCGGUCACGCUUACCACUCAACCACCGGCGCCGUCCAAUCUAGGAUAAGAAAUAUAUGCCCAAGAAAGGAUUUACUCGAAUUCAACUUGGUUCGUCUGCUAGAGCCCAUCAAACUACCAACUAUCAAUUUUCAUAUGAAGCCGAUAAAAUCGGGUCAAAAAGGUGAUAAAAUCGGGGGUAGAUAAAAUCGGGGGCUGUUAAAAUCGGGUCUCCGCUGCAUUUCAAUUUUUAAAAUAAUUUUUAUUGUAUUGCGUACAAAAAAUGAAAAAAAAGUUCGAUUACGUAUCUUUAACGUUAGCUUCAUAGGAAAAAAAAAAUCAAGAACAGCAUAUGGCUUAAUGACCCAAUUAAGAGCAUUUUCAUUUUUCGCGAAACAAAAAACUUGAAGUGUUAAGUUUCCAAAAAUGUCACGCGGAACUUUAUUAGAACUCUCGAAUUAUUAAGAUGUCACAAAUUUUUCUUUGAACUGACCAUGACGCUAACGUCAGCUGUAUCGGAAAAGACCUAAGACAGCUAAUAAUUCAAUUGAGAAUGAAAUGAAUCUAUAGUCAGAUUACUCGUGCCAAUAACUUGCUCACCGCCAUCACAGAGAACAGACGGCCAACUUCAGCUAUGAAGUUGUGUAAAAAUCUAAAACAUUUUCGAAUGUAGUUGGGAUAUCGUCACUAGGUGCGUCAGUCGUUUUUUCGCUUGGUGGCGGCUCGUAGACAUUUCAAAAUUACCGACAUUAUACCCCGCCCCAGUCAAACUAUUCAGGAAACGAUUCGGAACUCUGAGCGGAUUCAGCAUGGAUUUCGGCUCAAAUGCAUCAGCCGAUUGAGACGGAAUCUGUUGCUUGCUUUCAGUUGGAGUCCAUUCUGCAUCCAGGAUUCCGAACCGGUUCCGGAACGGGUUUGACGGUAGUUGGGAUAAACUAGUGUGGAGGGUUUUGACGUACAUUCAUUCAAGUGUUUACACAAGUUUUAUUAAUAUAUCUGUUCGGUCACGGAUGUCUGUUCUCUGUGCCGCCAUGUUGCCACUUCCAAUAAGUGAUAUCCAAUACAUUUUCUUAGCACGGUUCCGUGUCCUGUUAUUUCAUAUAAUUUAACUAAUUAUAUAUUCGGCCCGGUGACUAUUCCCUAAUCUUUCUUUACCUCAUAUUCUUUCCCUGUUGCUUCAUCAAAUUACUGUUCAACCCAGAAACAGCCAAAGGAGAUAUUGUGUUAGCAGUAGAAUAUGCUACAUUUCCUGGAACAGGCAUUUUUUGUUUCACCGGAGCUUGAUCCGUGGCCCGAGCCAUCCAAUAGAAAACUGAACCCCUCGGUCAGUUUUCUAAUUACACCACACUUUUUUAAAUUAUCACCGUACGACCUGCUCAAUUAUUAUGCAGUUUCUACAUUUUUUAUAAACUCCACAAAUGAGCUUUCCAUCGCAGAAAGAACAACCAUGUUACAGCAACAAUAGUAGAGAAAACAGAACAGUCUAGGGGAAUUAUGGUUAAAACCGACACCUUAAGCUUAACAAUUUUUCUAAGUUGCCACCAAACCAAUAAAAUUAUAGUUUUUAUGCAGAAUUCUUCUUCAGAAAAUUCUUAACAAGACUUAAUUUUUUCAGCGCUUCAAAAAAUUAAUUUCAUUAAAAAUUAUUGGUUGUAAAACUUGGAAAACAAAGUGGCUUUUUGUAGGCACUGCGGGUAAAACCGACACCCUAUAGGGGUAAGAUCGACACCCCCUUUAAUUUAUUUUCUCUCCACUUUAUUAAAAUCUUUAUGUUUAUUAAACAUGAGAUAUAUGCGUGAAUAAUAAAGUGUGAGUAUGUAUGAUGCUAAUAUGUGCUUUUUAUUGCUUCAUCGUGUAGUGAGGGGAAGAAAGUUCGAAAGCGUAGUACUAUAAAUAAGAGUAUUUUAUGCUAUAGGAUUAUUUAUUGAUGAGUAUUUCCAAAUAAUCCUUGCGCACAUCGUUGCAACCUCCAGUUUCAUAUUAUUUCGUAAGAGAAGAUUUGCAAGCGUUCUACGUUCUGCUAAUUGGAUUCAUUCACUUAUAAGUGACACACACACUUCUUAGUAAAACUAUCUUUUUCAGAUUUGAUUUUUCGGACUCUGAUCAUCAACGAUCUAUUGGGGUACACAUAAGAUCACUGUCUCAUUGUGAUAAAGUUCGUCUAUGACAAACCAAGAGAACACUAGAAAUUCGGUUUGAUGAGCUUUUUGCAGAAAUAGCAACAGCUUCGAUAGAAUCAGAUAAGCAAAAAUUCCAAUUUUCGAUUUUUAAAGAGACUUACAAGAAAUAAACACAAUAAGAGUAUUUCUGUGCAUUUCUGUUGAUACUAUAGUGUUCUAAUAGGCUAAUUGAAGUGUCACAAAGAUCCCCAGUAUUUUGAAAUGAAUCGCAAAUAUACACAACCAUCUUAACAGCGUGUCGGUUUUACCCUAACCAUAGGGUGUCGGUUUUACCCCAACAGCGUACAUUUUUUUAUAAAAGCGAUUAAAAAUAUUGAAUUUGUCAAACUCGUCUUCAAUGCACCUAGUUGAUCGUAGGACAGGCCGAUAAUAAAAGGUAGUGAAAAAUGUGGUGAUUUGAAAAGCUUUUGUUCGGUUAAAACCUUAAAAUCAACCAACGAAAUUUAACAUCCAGACGAGUAUGAACGCUGCUGUCGUAUGUUUUGUUUAUUUUUAUUACAUUCGGCGUACCAACAUAAAUCCAAUUUUUCUUCAAAUGCUCUAAAUAAACGUACUAAUAAUAAUGUAUCAUUAUGAAAUCAAUAAAAAUUUGAUUUCUAGGAAAUGUUGUGGGGUGUCGGUUUUACCCACAGUGUCGGUUUUUCCCACAAUUCCCCUACAACGGGUUACCUAUUAAAAUCCACUUGAAAGAGAAUACGAAAGCACAACCCCUCUGUCAGACGUCCAUACCCAGUACCAACGACAGUGAGUAUGGUCGCUAUCCUUCAGCGUGCAAAUCCUAGCUAGUUCGAGCUGUUUUGCCGUUUGCUCCUAGCUCUUGUUGAGCGAGUGCAAGGAAGAUAUAAUUAGAUUAAAAGUAAUUAAGGCGAUGGGAGUAAGAUGAGAAAAAAAACAAGUGUGCCAAUCGACUGAGCAAAACAAGUUUGAAGUUGAAAAAAAUAAAAUACAAUUAAACAGCAAAACAAGCUGAAAGCUAAACACAAACUAUUUGUAAUGAGGCAAGGACUAGGAUGGAACCACUGUAAAUAGUAUUCAACAUCAUAACAAUAAUAAUAAACAUAAAAAUAAUAACGAUGGCAACAAGCUGAUGAAAUUUUAUGGACAAGUUGGUUAGGUGAAUCUUUUUAUACAAAACUGAGAAAUAUGAAGAAAAGGGAAACGGCAAACGGAUUACGCCCAUACGUACUACAGAUUAUGUGGAGCACAGGCAAAAGAACGGAAGCAGGGGGUCAAAGCCCUUAUUAGCAUUUAAUUCUUUAAAUACACAUACACAGACACGCACACCCAUAAACACAUUUCGACCCGAAGAAGUCCAACCACACUUGCCCGGCGAAAGGGUGUGACUCGGGGCCAGCCCUAUUUCUGUACAAUUAUUUUUCCUGCUUGUUUUUCCGUCAUCAACUCGUACAAUUUCUACUAAUGAAAAACUCGGCUGGCAGUAUUCACGUUCGGUAGUACCCAAGCAAAUAAACAGAACAAUAAAAGUUCGUUUCGAAUGAAAAAUAAAGUAAAAACUACUGGUUUAGUAGGCUCCGUGGUUCUACUUACAUAUUUGGUUCUCGUCGGAUUCGCUGCAACGUGGCUUUUCGGGAUCAAAGGAACCUUCGGUACAAUGCUGUGCUUGCUUUUCGGAAAUGGGUGCAUGUGUGUGUAAGUGCGUUCGUAUGUGCUCUGGGUCCGCCAACUGGGGUGCUAAAUAUUUAAUUUUCUGUCUCUCUCUCUCGCUUGCUGAACUGAGUGAUACAUAUAACAGUAAAGCACAGAACCAAUUCGGGGCAGAAAAAUACAAAAUCAAAAGCAUACAACAAACACAAAUGAGAGCAACGAUAAGGCAGUUAUUUCGUUCUAUGUUCAACUAGGUUCCCCUAAGUAUGCCUUACUUAGUUUAAGUGUUUUUUUCUACUGAAGAAAAUGUAUAUUAAAUAUCCGUAAUUUGAGUUGUGAGGGAAAGGAGAACGUCGCCGGUUCUAUUUUUUUUCAUUUAUGCAUCAUAACUUUACAGAUACACACAAAUAUACAUAGAAACUGAUACAUACAACCGACAGGAUAGCAGCAGCAAUCGAUUGUAACGACAACUAAAAGAAAGGAAAAUGAAUGAUUUGGAAGCCCAAAUUGUGGGCCGCCACGAUUAAGAUCAAGUGUACUUGUAGUCUUAUAAGCCGGAUGAUCAAAGAUUUAUAAAAUCGAUGAAUAUGCGUUUAUAUAUUUUUCUUUUCCGUUCUUAUUCUACUCUCAACUAAGAAGUCGAAAGAAAAGCAUAAGCUAUGAUAACGAAAAAUAAAAAGAAACACGCGACAGAAGAAAACGAAAAUCUGUAACGGAAGAUCGGAGAAUGAUGAAAUAAAAUUAAAUAAAACUGA